GCCCGUCCCGCCGGGGACGCCGGGCGCGGCCAGCCCGCCCCGGAGCCAGUCCCGCGGGCGGCGGCGGCGGCGGCGGAGCUGGGCAGGUGGAUGCGACUGGAAGAUGGCGCCCUCGGGCCCGGGCAGCGUCAGGCGGCGGUGCCGACGGGUGCUGUACUGGAUCCCGGUGGUGUUCAUCAGCCUCCUGCUCGGCUGGUCCUACUACGCCUACGCCAUCCAACUGUGCAUCGUGUCCAUGGAAAACAUUGGAGAACAAGUUGUGUGCCUGAUUGCUUAUCAUCUACUUUUUGCAAUGUUUGUCUGGUCGUACUGGAAAACUAUCUUUACGUUACCAAUGAAUCCUUCAAAAGAAUUCCAUCUCUCUUAUGCAGAGAAAGAAUUGCUGGAGAGAGAGCCAAGGGGAGAAGCCCAUCAGGAAGUCCUUAGGCGAGCAGCCAAAGACCUUCCCAUCUAUACCAGGACCAUGUCUGGAGCAAUCCGAUACUGUGACAGAUGCCAACUUAUAAAGCCAGAUCGCUGCCAUCACUGUUCCGUCUGUGAUAAAUGUAUUUUGAAGAUGGAUCAUCAUUGCCCUUGGGUGAACAAUUGUGUCGGAUUUUCAAAUUAUAAAUUUUUCCUCCUUUUCUUGGCUUAUUCUCUGCUGUACUGCCUUUUUAUUGCUGCUACAGAUUUACAGUAUUUUAUCAAAUUUUGGACAAAUGGUCUACCUGAUACUCAAGCCAAGUUCCAUAUUAUGUUUUUAUUCUUUGCUGCAGCUAUGUUUUCUGUCAGCUUGUCUUCUCUGUUUGGCUAUCAUUGUUGGCUAGUCAGCAAAAAUAAAUCUACAUUAGAGGCAUUUAGAAGUCCAGUAUUUCGACAUGGAACAGAUAAGAAUGGAUUCAGCUUGGGUUUCAGUAAAAAUAUGCGACAAGUGUUUGGUGAUGAGAAGAAGUACUGGCUGCUACCCGUUUUUUCAAGUCUAGGUGACGGCUGCUCUUUUCCAACUUGCCUUGUUAACCAGGACCCUGAACAACCAUCUACUCCUGCAGGACCGAAUUCAACAUCUAAAAAUCCUGAAAACCAUCCAUUUCCUGCAAAGCCAUUGAGAGAGUCCCAGAGCCACCUUCUUACUGAUUCUCAAUCUUGGACAGAGAGCAGCACAAACCUGGGCAAAGGCAAAGCUGGUAUGAGCAAUCCUGCAUUAACCAUGGAGAAUGAGACUUAACUCUUCAAACAGAAUUAAUCUGUACUUUAUGAAAGUAAGGUUUCAAUGCUGUAGAUGGAUGGAAAAAGCUUCUCACAGGAAGGCGCCAUUGGCCAGUGGUUCCAUUUCCCUUUGGCUGGACACGCAGAAUGAGCUGAUUAGUUCUCUCCAAGCCAUUGCUUAAAACAUCACAUUUUUAUUCAAUAUGCAGACUGUUUCAACUAACACAAAUUCCUGUGAAAUAUUAAAAGUAAUGAUGGUUUAUGAGUCAAGGGUGAAAAUACCUUCUAUCAUAAAAACUUCAUAUAAAUUCAUGGGCCAGUUUUCACCCAAGUAUUUGGGUAGCACAACUGUAUCACAUAAAAUGCCCAUUACUUAUCUGAUUUUCUAAUCAAAAUAUUAAGACUAAAAUAUGGAGCUUUAAAAUGUUUCAAGUCGCAGUAUAAUGAUAAGUUUUAUUUGUAAAACCUAUUAGUUAUCUGAGAUGGAGGUAGCAAGUCAGUCGUCUAUUUCCUCUGAUAUCAAUCCAGCCUCAGACUGAGUGAACUUAAAAACUGUGAAUCAACUAUAAAUUCCAAAUGAACUACAGUUGAAGAUCACCAUCCAUUUUUUGCUAGACUUUUAUCUAAUUCUAGCUUUGUUCCCUGCUGGAAGAAGUAUGAUCGUUGAAGCUUGAGCUCACUGGUAAGCAAUUAGCUAAAAAAUUUGUCAGAAUGAGUAAUUUCUAUUACAUCUGAAAUAUAUUUUUCAUCUCUUAAUCUUUUUAAAUUGGGGGAAAUCUAUAACAAUAAUUAAGAUUGGUUUAUGAUGUUCUUUUGCCAGUUUGGCUUUUUAAAGUUUUUUCUUUGAACAUAGCAAAAAUACAGAAUUUCUGUUCAGAAUUCCCGAUGGGUCAAUAGAUUAAUCCAUUUCUGUUAUUUCUGUAUCCUCUCAUCUAAAGUAUGUUAAACUAUAUAGUUCUUCAAACACCUAAGAUUAAAUUAUGCACAUCAAACAAAAAGUCAUGUACUUCUGGAAAUUCAGUUCGGCGUUUUAACUACAUGGCAUGCUGUUUGGAAGUUGAGUUUCAGAUAAACUAAGUGGCGUAUUUGUUGAUGCCAAAAUGUUAUGCUUCAGUAAAUAUACUAAGAAGCUCUUGUGCCUUGUAUGCACUAUUUGAAAAAAUGUUUUAUUUUACUUUUUUAAUUUGAUGGAGUGUAAGUUUUGUAAAUGUUAGUGAUUAGAAUAAGCUGUGUACAUUUUUUUGGUACUGAUUUUCAGAAUCUAAAGCAGAUUAUCUUUUAAGACUACACAGCUAAGGAACUGGUAUUUAAUCAGAGAAAAUGGUAUUACACUUUUCAAAUUCUGAGUUAGACAAAAAUUCAACACAAAAUAGACUAGAAGCCCAGAUGAUGGAGUAAUAGAUCCUUGCAAUUACUCAUACUUGCUAAAAAUAUAGUUUUAUAUUAAAUGAGUUAAUAGAACCAAUGUCAGCUUAGUCCAUUUUAUAGAUCAUUUGAGUGCAAUUAUUUUAACCAUCGGAUGGCAGUCUUUUCAGGUUUUUCAUUUAAAACUCGAUUUUGAUCUGACAAUCUGCUUCAAGAAAUUUCAGAAGAUAUGAUACAUUAUUACUUUUAAAGCAUUUUUUUGGUCAUUUUUCAUUACCUAAAGUGCCAAGGUGGAACCUGUAGCUACUGCUAGAAGUCUUAAGGGCAACAGAAUCAUGUGAUGUAGUAAGAAUAAUAUGUAGCCAGAUAUUUUUCAAAGCACAGUACUAUAGCUGUUUUUAUGAAACAGGAUUGUUAAGUGUUCCCUCUUGUCAACUAGAAGCUAGGGGGGAAAAAGACAGAUUUUUAUUCUUUACCUUGCUAAAGUACUGUUAACCUUUCUCCCCUUUAGAUCUUUCAUGUAAUUAUUGAAAUGCAUAAAUCAGUACACAUUAGAAUCAGAUUUGAAAACAUUUUUAAAAAUAAAAUUUUUUCUUUAAGUUGUAAUGGUUCCCUUGUUUCAUACAGUGAAUAAUUUUUAAAGGGUAUUUUGUUUACUUUUGUUUUUAAUUAUAGGGGGUUAUAAUUUUUAGAGAUGAUGGUAUAUUUCUUUACAUAUGCCGUAUUUUACUUGCGUGAAUACAUCAAAUAGACCUACAUUUUGUAUAUAUUUAUAAAAUGUACCUUACAACAUUUUAAACAUUUUACUUUAAAAAUCUAAUUGCUUAACUCAAACUUGAAGACACACUUAUACUUCAACUGUCCCAACAGUCCAUUAAUUGGUACUUUUUAUUUUUCCUGUUUUGAGAUUCUACCAUAUCGGUUCUCAAUAUUUAAGAAUGUUUUAAUUUAAAAAUAUUAUACAGAUGCUUUAUAUACAUUGGUUUACUAUUUGCCUUUGUUCAGUGAAAGAGAAUUUGUUUUUUCAAAGAUACAAAGAAGUGUAACUCAAUACAAUAAUGAGACAUUCAAGGAAGUGCUUAUCCAUUAAUUCCCUCCUGUUAUACCAUAAUAAAAUCUGGUUGACCACCUUUA